AUGGACGUGUUUCUGGCAUCGCGCCGUACCAUCUCUGCUCCCACGCACUAUGUCGUCGGCAACGAAGCGGGCGACCUGGACAGUCUAGCGUGUGCUGUUGCGUAUGCGUACGUAUACAGAGACGAAGCGCCAUGGGUACCUGUGGUCCAAACACGACGUAGUGACCUGCGUCUCCGCCCAGAAAACCAGUUGAUCUUACGACAUCUCGGUAUAGACGAAGCGCAUAUCACAUGCCUGGACGAUGUACAAAAUCUGGAUCGUACGCACCAUGUUGUGCUGGUGGAUCACAAUCGUGCUACAGGUCCAUUUGUGAAGGCUACCAUUGUCGGUGUGAUUGACCACCAUGUCGACGAACAGCUGUAUAAGGACGCAGCGCUACGUCAAGUGUAUGCGCCAUCGGACGCAGGCUCUUGCGCCAGUGUCCUGACGCGGAUCGUACGGGAUCAUUUUCUUCCUCCUGCGCUAUGUGAUUUGCUUUACAGCGCUAUUCUCUUGGAUACCAUUCAGUUUGAUGCGAAUGUCGGCAAAGCGCAAGCGAUAGACUAUGAGGCGCGCGAUCGUCUGGCACCUCACUCUUCGUGGGCGACUACGACGGAGGCUUCGCGUCACUUUCAUGCCAUGCAAGUGGCGAAAAACGAUACGUCUCAUCUCACGACAUUGGAAAAGCUACGGCGUGACUACAAGCAGUUCUCCUGCGAUGGCGCCGAGCAAACUACAUGGGACGUCGGCGCCGCGUCCACCACUGAGCCCCUGGACGUGUUCUGCGCCACGUCCCGCUUUUGGGACGAUAUGGCGACAUUUGCUCAUGAGCAGGGUGUACAUCUUCUUAUGAUAUUAACAAGCUAUGAGCACCAAGACAAUGACCACGCAUCACGUCGCCUUGGUCUCUCUGGCCUUGCCGAGUGCCCCACGUGA